AAAUAUUGUGAUUUCCACUUUUAUACCUCAAAUUUUAGUUAUUUUAGAUUUUCUUUGAGAAAUUUAGAAUAAAAUAUGAGUUUUUAUUUAUCAGCCAACAAUUCUAUGUUGGUUGCUUAAAGUGUGCUAAAACUCCUAUAACUAUUCAACAAUGACUAGCGUGGAAGAUGCUGACUCUCUUGUCAUACCGUGUUUACAAAUAGACCCCAAUGUAGAACUAAAGGAAGUCCCAACUACAGGGGAAGAAUAUUUGCUAAAAGUGAUGAAAGAACGACAAAAAUGUGUUGUUGUAACUAAAUGUAACAAAGACAUUUCAAAGUUUGCAAAAAAUCAAUCGCGUUUUGUUGUGGAGCCCGAAUGUACCAAAUCAGCUCCAGAUGCAUUAAAGCCCACUCUAGAGUGGCAAAAUAUUCAAGUUGCAGACUUUUCAGAAGUGAGAAUGUACAUUUCACGAAUGAGAGCUAAGAAGUCGGAACACAAAAUACAAGAAAUAGACAUUGAAGAAAAUCACAUAGUAUCAUGGAAACAGUUCUUUGAAGAAAGUUCUCCAACCUUAUCUUGUGUUUUUGGAUUAAAACAGGCAUAUUUUGACAAUGGAUUAGAAAUGCUCACCAAUUCAUUAAAUAGCAUUAAACCUGGAGAAACUAUCACCCCAAAAACAGGUCAAUGGAUUUACGCAUUUCUAGCCUGCCUGACCCUACCGCUACUAUCAGAUACAAUUAGUAUAUUAAGAAACUUGGCAAGAAGGUGUGCGGAAAUAAGAUCACAUAUAAAGGCAGAAGAUGAAAACGCAAUUGCUGCAGUUGCUCCGUUAAAUGUAUUCAUUUGUCUCAUAUCUCGGUAUUUUAGACAAAUUGAUCUGGCAGAUAAAUAAUUAAACCAUGAUUAUUAUAUUAAUGAUAUAUGUUUUUAAUAAUAACAUAAGACUGAUUACAUGCAUAUUAUGACAUAAAAAUAAAGUAAUGUGUGUAAUUUUAAAA